AUGCCCGACCGCGAGCAGGACGUGGCUGUGGCGGCAGCCCAAAUCGGCACCAUCAGGCCGUGGGAGAACAAGACUGUCCCAGAGGACGACGCAGAUGACGGCGGUGCGUUUCUGUCGCCGGCGGCCCGGCUGGCGAGCGAGACACAUGAGUCACAGCUGCAGACUAACGGCACGCGCCACACGGACACCGGAGACGGCGCAGCUGCAUCGGCUGCCGUAGUCGACCUGCGUCCGCGCACUACCACCUCGACCAGGGAGAUUGGCAGCACCAUUGCCCGGCCGGGAUCAGUGCGCAUCAACGUCCAGGGCGCCUUCAUCGUCGAAGAAGAGGGGCGGGCGCGGUCUACAUCGCCGGCCGAAUCCUCCAAGGACGGGCGGGCUCACUCGCCGUCAGAGCACACAACCUUUGAUAUCCGGCUGCCCAACCACCAUGCCGUUGUGUCGCACAUUGCCGUGGACAUUGGCGGAACCUUGGCCAAGGUGGUGUACUUUUCGCGUGACGUCCAGUCCGAGCCUGGCGGCCGGCUCAACUUUAUCAGCUUCGAGACCGACAAGAUCGACGACUGCAUCUCCUUUCUGGUCGACCUCAAGAAACGCCACAUUGCGGCCAACGGAUCUGGCCUGGGCGAGCUCUGCGUCAUGGCCACAGGCGGCGGUGCCUACAAGUACUACGACCUGAUCAAGGCCCGCAUGGGCACCGAUGUGCAUAGCGAGGACGAGAUGGAGUGCCUGAUCAUGGGCCUUGACUUUUUUAUCACCGAGAUCCCGCGUGAGGUCUUUACCUACUCCGAGACCGAUCCCAUGCACUUUGCCACGCCAACCGACGACAUCUAUCCCUACAUGCUGGUCAACAUCGGCUCCGGCGUGUCCAUGCUCAAGGUGUCGGGUCCGCACAAAUACGAGCGCGUGGGUGGCACCUCGCUUGGCGGCGGCACGCUCUGGGGCCUGCUCUCGCUGCUGACGGGCGCCCGCUCCUUUGACGAGAUGCUCGAUAUGGCCUCGCAGGGUGACAACUCCCGCGUCGAUAUGCUCGUCGGCGACAUCUACGGCACCGACUACGGCAAGAUCGGCCUCAAGGCCACCGCCAUCGCCAGCUCCUUCGGCAAGGUUUUCCGCAUGAAACACGAGGCCGAGUCGGCCGCCGAGGACGGCCUUGGCUGCGGCGAGGACACGCUGCUACCGCCUGACGGCCACUUUGCCAGUGCUGGUGAUGGCCCUGGUGUUAGCGCUGCCGCCGCUGCCUCUGCGUCGACACGCAACACCCGCUUCUCCUCUGCAGACAUCAGCCGAUCGCUGCUGUACGCCAUCAGCAACAACAUUGGCCAGAUUGCCUAUCUGCAGUCGCAGAUACACCAGCUGUCCAGCAUCUACUUUGGCGGCUCGUUUAUCCGGGGCCACCCCCAGACGAUGAACACGCUGAGCUACGCCAUCAAAUUCUGGAGCAAGGGCGCCAGUCAGGCGUAUUUUCUGCGGCACGAGGGCUACCUCGGCGCCGUCGGUGCCUUUCUCAAACGCCAGCCACGCAACUGGGGCCGCCGUGGCAGCUUUGAGGGCUUAGAGAUGCGUGUGGCCGAGCGGCUGGCCGACUGA